AUGAUGAGGACUGCGGAGAGCUUCGAGGAGACCAGCCCCACGCUAAACCCUCACGGGACCCCUAAGAGAAGGUACAUAUAUCUGGAAGCAUUCCUGCAGGGAGGAGCUCCCUGGGGCUUUACUUUGAAAGGUGGUCUGGAGCAUGGAGAGCCAUUAAUCAUCUCUAAGAUUGAAGAAGGGGGCAAAGCAGACUCUGUGCGCUCCAAACUGCAGGCUGGCGACGAGGUUGUGCACAUCAAUGAGGUCGCGCUGAGCAGCUCGAGAAGGGAGGCUGUUUCCCUGGUGAAAGGAUCCUACAAGACCCUCAGGCUGGUGGUACGAAGAGACACAUGUGCAGGCCAGGGUCAUGCAGAUACUGCAGCCUCUAAGUCCAGCCCUGAGCACCUCACCUCUGAACCCCAGCAGAGAAAAGCAACCAGGUCGGGAGGAAUCAAACUUCGGCUGAAGCACAGGCGCAGUGAUCCAGCAGGCCGGCCUCACUCUUGGCAUUCAACCAAAUUUAGGGAGAACCAACCCGAUGCCAGCAUGAUGCAAAUAUCCCAGGGCACGAUUGGUACUCCCUGGCACCAAAGCUACCAUUCCAGCUCCUCUACAAGUGACCUCUCCAACUAUGACCAUGCUUAUCUGAGGAGGAGUCCUGACCAGUGCAGUUCCCAGGGGAGCAUGGAGAGCUUGGACCCCAGUACGGGAUACCCGCCCUGCCAUCUUCUUUCUCCUGCCAAGUCCACCAGUAGCAUUGACCAGCUCAGUCACCUGCAUAACAAGAGAGACUCUGCUUACAGCUCCUUCUCCACCAGUUCUAGCAUCCUAGAGUAUCCGCCUCCUGGCAUCGCCACUCGGGAACGCUCAGGCUCCAUAGAUACCACUUCUGCUCGAGGUGGCCUCCUGGAAGGAAUGAGGCAAGCAGACAUUCGCUAUGUGAAGACAGUCUAUGAUACUCGGAGGGGAGUGUCAGAAGAGUAUGAGGUAAACUCUUCAGCCCUGCUUCUUCAAGGUAGGGAGGCCCGAGCAUCCGUAGGUCAGAGCUCUGAUAAGUGCCAUAAUGUUUCUCGGGGCAAGGGAGUGCCUCCCCCAUCUUGGAACCAGCAGUGUCCCCGUUCUUUGGAGACUGCCGCUGACAACCCACCUCCUAAGGUGGGUGCACCGCUGCCUCCAGCUCGGAGUGACAGUUAUACAGCCAUCCGGCACCGUGAGAGGCCCAGCUCCUGGUCUAGCCUUGAUCAGAAACGUUUCUGCAGGCCUCAGGCAAGCUUGUCAGGCGCCCUGAAGUCUUCCUUCCUAGAGGAACAGCUACAUACGGUACUAGAGAAAAGUCCAGAGAGCAGCCCCCCAGUGAAGCCCAAGCAUAACUAUAUCCAGAAGGCACAACCAGGCCAGCCUCUGCUCCCGACUGGCAUCUACCCUGUACCUUCUGUGGAGCCACACUUUGCCCAGAUACCCCAGCCUUCCAUGAACAGUAAUGGUAUGCUCUACCCUGCACUGGCCAAGGAAAGUGGAUAUACAGCCCCUCCGCCUGCUUGUGACAAGAUGGUUACCUUUGAUGAGAAUGGGAACCAAAAUGGGUCUAGCAGGCCUGGGUUUGCCUUCUACCAGCCUCUGGAACAUGAUUCUGUGUCCCUGGUGGAGAGGAAAUCAGAAACUACAGCCAAGUUUGUCCCCUACAAAGUUCAUUUCUCAUCAGUGCCUGAAAAUGAGGAGGAUACCUCCCUGAGGAGACAUCUUGCAUCUCCCCAAGGCAACAGCCCACAUCCCAGUGAAAGAAAGAUCACCCAUAGCAACAAAUCAUAUUCUAAUCACCACAGCCUCAAACCACCCCAGGCUCCGGCUUGGCAAGCAGAAGACAAGAGAUCUGGUAGGCUCUCAGAACCUUGGGAGGUGGAUUUCCGGGAAGACCACAAUGCCAACCUCCAGAGGAGGCAGGAGAGAGAAGGCCAAAGCCUGUCAAGAAACUUUGAAAAGACCAAGUCAGCGUUCUCAUCUCUCCAAAACAUUCCAGAGAGUCUAAGAAGGCAAAGUAGCCUAGAGCUAGGAGGGAGAUCUCAGGAGGGCUACCCAGAUGACAAACCAGCUGCUAUAGUCAACACCAAGGAUGAGGACGCUGGAAGGAAAGUUGGUCUUGACCACACGAGUCAUCUGGACAGGACAGUUUCCUAUCCAAGACCUGAGGGGAGAACUUGCAUAUCAGCCUCUUUCCACAGUUCAGACCCAAGGUGUGAAGAACCCUCCUCCCCAUCACACCAGCAGACUUCCAGUCUGGGCAGGAGACAGCUCAGCUCUGGCAUGGCCUCGUCUCUGCAGGGCUUUCAGUACAGGAAGCCUUGCUCUGUGUUGGAGAAGGUUUCCAAAAUCGAGCAGCGAGAGCAAGGGAGCCAGAGAUCCUUAAGUGUAGGCUGCUCCAGUUAUGGCCAUACAUACAGACCUAACAGGACAGUCUCAACUUCCAGCACCUCUGGAAAUGAACUUGAGGAGGCAAGAGCCAAUAUCCGGUUUUCUGAAUCCAUCAAUCCUCUAGGCAAUGGGAAGCAGCACUUCAAAAACGGAGAAACAAAGUUGGAAGAGGUUUCCUGGCAACCAUGUGAUCAGCAGCUGACCAGGGGUGCUGAUGGCACCUGUGGACCCCCACUCCGAGGCAGUGAUCCUCCUAGGCGGGAUGCCCGCCUCCUCCGCAGCCAGAGCACAUUUCAGCUCCUAAGCGAGGUUGAUAAAGAGGCUGUGUGGUCAGAUGACAGGUCUGACACUCCCGAGUCGCCCCCGCUGGACGCCCCCUUCAGCCGAGCCUACCGGAACAGCAUCAAGGACGCACAGUCCCGUGUCCUGGGAGCCACCUCCUUUCGACGGAAGGACCUCGAACUGGGGGCAUCCGGGGCAUCCAGGCCCUGGCGGCCCCGACCCGCCUCUGCCCACGUGGCACUGCGGAGCCCCGAGGCGCCAUCGGUGACCUCACCAUCCCCACAUACGCCCCGUGAGCGGCACAGUGUGACCCCAGUGGCGGGUGAACCAGCCCAGCCUGUGCCCUCCACUGCCCGCAGAGGUGCACGCCGGCGCCUGACCACGGAGCAGAAGAAGCUAUCCUACUCGGAGCCCGAGAAGAUGAACGAGGUAGGCAUUUCCGAGGAGGUGGAACCAACGCCCUUGGGCUUGCAGAGGAAGGCUCUGCGUUUUCCGGAGACCACCGUGGCGGAUCGACGCCGGAUCUUUGAGCGCGACGGGAAGGCCUGCUCGACCCUUAGCCUCUCAGGACCAGAGCUGAAGCAGUUCCAGCAGAGCGCCCUGGCCGAUUACAUUCAGCGCAAGACCGGCAAGCGGCCCUCGUCAUCCUCAGGCUUCGGCUUCCAGGAGCUCAGAUCCCGCACCCAGAGCUCCUAUCUCCAGCCCGGGCCCGAAGGCCCUGGCCUCACCGCGGCCUCCAGCCUUAGCUCGCUGGGGGAGCCGAACCUGCAGCCACGCAGAGAGGCCGCCCUGCCAGCCGCAGCGCCGGUGACUGCGGGAGAGCCCCCGCGGACCCCUCGGAAUCGCAGCAGCUCCUUUGUCAGCGGUCGCCUUCUCUGGGAACAGCGACAAGGGGACCACCAGGCCCCAAGGGAGCCAGCCAGGGCCGAGCUGCACGGUGGAGCUAACUGUGGACAUCGGGGUCCCCAGAGGGUGGACAGGACCCCUGGAGAGCUGUCCUGGGGAACCAAAGCUGGGAGGACGGAAAAAUCCAAGUCAGCGGAGGACCUGCUAGAGCGCUCGGAAGUCCUGACCGUCCCUGUGCAUGUGAGAUCCAGGUCAUCUCCCAUUGCAGACAAAAUGUGCCAGGAUAUGCUUUUGGGAGACAACAGUAGCCUUGACCUUGUGAAGGAUCCAUGCUCCCUGACUGGCCCUGGAUCUAGGUUGCUCAACUGUUCAGAAAGAGGCCGUGAGGAGAUGCCGUUGCUCAGACACCACCCUGGCCCUCGGGAUGGUGUAGAUGGCAGAGCAGUUGGUGUCCCCUCAGUUCCCAGUGAAUGUCCUGGAAACCUGGACCCUCAAAGGCAAACCAAUAGGACGCCUUACCCCAGGCCACUGUCAGCAGGAAUGCAGAGCCAUCCUACAGAUGCCAGGAUGGGACCACUGACCCCACUCAGCUCCACUCUGCCUACCACUGGAUCCUCCACCUGUUGCUCACAAGCUGUGGCCACCCAGCAGGCUGGGAGACCUCCUCUUUCACCCUGCACGCCUGCGACAGCCCCCAGAAGCAAUGGUCCCAGCCCAACCCAGCCUCCAAGUCCCAGAGGCCCUGAAUCCACCAGUCUAGAGAAUGGGAUAGGGGAGGAGAUGAAGAAGAAGGUUUCGCUGCCUCAGAGGCCUCCGCCCUCUCAAGUGAAAUGGGCCUAUGUAGUCCGAGGGGACAGCCUUCCCGAGGAAUCCUUGUCGCCCGAGUUUGUGAACCUGAAGCACUAUAGAAAACAGCAGAGUUUUCCGAGUUCAAGCAGCACUUCUGACCCCAGCACUCCAGGGAGGAUUUCCCUCCGAAUAUCCGAGUCAUUCUCACAGAGUUUGCCACCGCCUCGGGAGGAGUAUGAUGAUGAAGUGUUUGUGAAGGACUUGCAACCCAGUGCCACUUCCAGCCCCACAUUUGAAGCUCUCCCCCCACCCCCAGCUCCUCCGCAGAGCCUGGACACCCCAGUGAGUAUCGUGGAUGAGUUUCCUCCACCCCCUCUUCAAGCUCUGUGUGAAGCACAGAUGGACAGCGAGGCCUAUGAGGAUCCCAAGACCAGCUCUAGCAAAUUUUCCAAGGUGUUGACUAUAAGAGAAAGACCAGCGCCAGCUACAGCCCAUUUGGUGGGUAGUCACAUACUGGCUUCUAGACUCCAAACUUCUAUCAAGACUUCUGAGUCCAAUAAGGCCAACCCGCCCUCUAUCAUAGAUGACCCGCUUCAACUGAUUGGGUCUCUUGGCAAGCAACCAAGCCCAGGGCAGCCUCCUCCCCUCUGGACCCAGCACUUCGUUGACGAUCCAAUCAGUGAAUCUCCAAGUUUAGGGAAGAAAGUCAGUGCUGGUCCUCAGAAGACCUCAGAGGAUGUCAAAACCGAGGCUUUAGCCAAGGAAAUUGUCCACCAAGACAAAUCUCUGGCAGACAUUUUGGACCCAGACUCCAGAAUGAAGACAACGAUGGACCUAAUGGAAGGGUUGUUUCCCCGAAAUGUUAACACGAUGAAGGGCAGCAGCAUCAAGAGGACGACCACACAGAGAGCUCCCAGCCACCCUGACGGCGAAGGCAAGAGGCAUGAAGAAAAAGAAAUGAUGGGCAUGUUGGUCAACUGUCCAGCUUACUACAAUGUGUCUGCCCCGAAGGCGGAGCUUCUGAACAAAAUCAAAGAUAUGCCACAAGAGGUGAAUGAGGAAGAGGAACAGGCAGAUGUCAAUGAAAAGAAGGCGGAGCUCAUUGGAAGCCUCACCCAAAAGCUUGAGAUCCUCCAGGAAGCAAAAGGAAGUGUGCUGAUGGACAUCAAACUCAACAAUGCUUUGGGAGAAGAGGUGGAGGCUUUGAUCCAUAAGCUCUGCAAGCCCAAUGAGUUUAACAAGUACAAGAUGUUCAUAGGGGACUUGGACAAAGUGGUAAACCUACUGCUUUCCCUCUCGGGGCGCCUGGCCCGUGUUGAGAACGUCCUUAGUGGCCUUGGGGAAGACGCCAGUAAUGAAGAACGGAGCUCUCUCAACGAGAAGAGGAAAGUCCUAGCGGGGCAGCACGAGGAUGCCCGGGAGCUCAAGGAGAACCUUGACCGAAGAGAACGGGUGGUACUGGACAUCCUGGCCAGUUACCUUUCCGAGGAACAGCUUCAGGACUACCAGCACUUUGUGAAAAUGAAGUCAACACUCCUCAUUGAGCAGCGGAAGCUGGAUGACAAGAUCAAGCUGGGCCAGGAGCAGGUCAAGUGUCUGCUGGAGAGCCUUCCCUCAGAUUUCCUUCCCAAGGCUGGGGCUCUGGCGUUGCCCCCAAACUUUGCAAAUGAAACGGCUCCUGGGGGGGGCGGAAGUACUUUUAGUAGUAUUUUCCCACCAUUAACCUCUCCACUUUAA